AUGUUAGAUAAUAUAGAACUUGUUGAAACACUUGAAAAUACAAAAAUAAAAGUAAAUGAAGUUUCACAAGCUCUAAAUUUAGAUGAAAGAACAAGACAAGAUAUUGAACGUUUACGUGAUGUUUAUCGUUCAGUAGCAAGACGUGGUGCAUUACUCUUUUUUUCAUUAAAUGAAAUGUCAUCAAUAAAUUCAAUGUAUCAAUAUGCAUUAAACUCAUUUUUAAAUGUUUUUGAAUAUUCGGUAAAAACAUCACAGACUCAUUCUAAAUUAGAAAAACGUUUAAAAUAUAUCAUUGAUAAUUUAACUUAUAAUAUUUACUGUUAUGGUACAAUGGGAAAUAUAUCAUUAGAAAAAUAUUCAAUAAUAAAACCAAAUUUUUUAUCGUUAACAAAUGAAGCUUGGCAUCAUUGUAAUUUGUUAACAAUACAAUUUCAUAAAAAAUUUAAUCAUAUUUUAAUUGAUAUUAGAGAAAAUUUAACGGAAUGGAUACAAUGGAUUGAACAUGAAAUACCAGAAAAAAUUGAUAUACCAAAAUCAUUUAAUCAAACAUUGAAUGAUUUUGAAAAAUUAAUGUUAUUAAGAUGUUUUAGAGUUGACCGUAUUAUAUUAGCCGUUAAGAAUUAUACUAUAAAGAUUAUGGAGGAGAAAUAUAUUAUGCCAUCAGUAAUUAGUUUUGAUGCUAUAUAUGAACAGAGUUCAUCGACAACACCUGUCAUUUUUGUUUUAAGUUCUGGGUCAGAUCCUACAAAUGAUAGACAAAAAUUAGCGAAACGAAAAGGUAAUGUAGACUAUGAUGUCUUCUUUAAUCUGAUAAUGACGAAAAGUUUAAGAGAAGAAUGA